CAGGCCGCGCGAACGCGUGCGUGCGUGCGUGCGCGCGCGCGCGAGAAGGCAGGCGCGCAGGCAGCAGGCUGACUCAGGCGCUGAGUACGUGAGGCAGCGCGAAGCCAAAGACCUCGGACAGGAAGCGCAGCGCUGACAGCAUCGACAGCACAGAAAUGGCGGAGGGGGAGCUGGACGUGGAUUCGCUGAUCUCCAGGCUUUUGGAAGUACGAGGAUGCCGUCCUGGAAAGAUCGUUCAGAUGACUGAGGCAGAGGUUCGUGGACUCUGCAUUAAGUCCCGGGAGAUCUUCCUCAGCCAGCCCAUACUGCUGGAGCUAGAGGCUCCCCUCAAAAUCUGUGGUGACAUCCACGGCCAGUACACAGACCUCCUGCGGCUCUUUGAAUAUGGUGGCUUCCCCCCUGAAGCCAACUACCUGUUCCUGGGUGACUAUGUGGACAGAGGCAAGCAGUCCUUGGAAACCAUCUGCCUGCUGCUGGCCUACAAGAUCAAGUACCCCGAAAACUUCUUCCUCUUGAGGGGCAACCACGAGUGUGCCUCCAUCAACCGCAUUUAUGGCUUCUAUGAUGAGUGCAAGAGGCGGUUCAACAUCAAGCUGUGGAAGACCUUCACUGACUGCUUCAACUGCCUUCCCAUUGCUGCCAUUGUUGAUGAGAAGAUAUUUUGCUGUCAUGGAGGUCUCUCUCCUGACCUGCAGUCCAUGGAGCAGAUUCGUCGCAUCAUGAGACCUACAGAUGUUCCUGACACUGGAUUGUUGUGUGACCUGCUAUGGUCCGAUCCAGACAAGGAUGUUCAAGGCUGGGGAGAGAAUGACCGUGGUGUUUCCUUCACUUUUGGGGCCGAUGUGGUCAGCAAAUUCCUUAAUCGUCAUGACCUGGACCUUAUUUGUAGAGCUCAUCAGGUGGUGGAGGAUGGCUACGAAUUCUUUGCCAAAAGACAGCUUGUCACGCUCUUCUCAGCCCCCAACUACUGCGGGGAGUUUGACAACGCAGGUGGUAUGAUGAGUGUCGAUGAAACCCUCAUGUGCUCCUUCCAGAUCCUGAAGCCCUCUGAGAAGAAAGCAAAGUAUCAGUACGGUGGGAUGAACUCUGGCCGACCUGUAACCCCUCCACGCACAGCAGCCCCACCAAAGAAACGGUGAACAGUGAGGCAAGACAAGGCAUAGAGGUGUGGAUAAGUCUCACGUCCAUGUUCUCCAAGCACGAGGGCCAAGACACAAGGGUUUUGGAAAGACGCCCCCUUUUUUGAACUGUUUGCUGUAAGUUACUCUGCUUCUUUUCCUCUCCUCUAUGGCCAGUGUCAGCCCCUGUAUAACCAUGCUUGUUUAUAAAAAAAAAAAAAAAAAAUUUAAAAACCACCAUGUUGUCAUUCUGUUUUCACAUCGGGAGAGUUCUUUGUAGUUUUUGCUUUUUUGCUAAUUAGGGAGUUACAGCACAAUUUUUUUUAAGCUCUUUUCACUGAUUUUAUUUUUCCCAUGCGAAACAAGAGCAGGUAAUGACUGUUGGACUUUCAAUAAAUAAUUGGGGACUUAACUUGUUUGUGUUUUUCUAAAUUUAACAAGAACUUAAACAUUUUAGAGGCUGUGUGGACACUAAUUUAAUCCUAGAUCAAAAAAAAUUGAUGCACUAGCCAAAGUAGCUGAGAAAGUCCAAGAGGGCAUUUAGCAAACCAUCCCUUUAAUAUUAACAGAAAGGUAAGUCAAUGUGUGCAAACAUUACUGAAGGUAUUUUUUGACCUGCCUUUGUAUUUCAAUACAAUGGUAUAAGCCUAAUGUAUACUCAGGAAAACACAAGAGGGUACAAAAAAAAAAAAAAAAAAAAAAACCCAAACCACUUAUUGUACCAAAGGCUUUAAUAUAAAUUUCCCUUCCAGUAAGAUCUAGAAAGCACACUUACAAAGACUUACACCCUACAGAUUGUUACUCAAACACAGAAUUGCAGUGUUUAAGGCAGAUAUUCAUAUUCUUGUUCCCUUCUUUCCUGGUGUAAAGUAGGGUUCCCUAUUAAGUUCACUUUUACAUGGAACUGGACAGUAAAACAAUGUAUAAAUGAAAUACUAACUUGUACUGGUAAAUUUACUCACUAUAGAUAACUGCUUGUCCACUGCAGUCCAGAGCCUAACCCAGAAGCACAGGGAGUGAGGCAGAGUACAUGCACUUGAUGUUGGUCCAUCACAAAGCAAUCUCACACACACUACUGGUAACAUCUUUUCAUGGUAAGAGAAAACCAGGGCAUCCAGAGUAGAUGACAAUAUGGUUCAGUAAAUAUUUACAAAUGACAUCAGUAUCCACUGCACUUUGACAGAAUGAAUAGUGCAACAUGAGUGCGAUUGCCAGGCAUAAUCGUUUCCAUACCUUCACAAAGAAUGUUUAAAAUAGUCAAAUCGUAUUGGACAAAAUCUCACCCAGUUUAAUACAUUCAGAUGAUUAUCAGUGUAGGCACCACAUUAAAACAUUUUUUCCAGCAUUUCUCCAGCCAUGAGCUAAUGAGUAACUUCCCCUGAACACAGGACAUAAUGAAACCUGGAAUUUACUAAGUUACAAACUGAAAAUAUUAAAGCAUUUAACUCAAAACCAUGGUGUGUUUCUCAGAGGUCAGUCCUCCACAGCCACUGCAUUUAAACUGCCAAAUGUUACUAUGGUCCUAUUACCUGGAACCCCAGCUUUGUGUGCUUCUGUCAUUUUCAAAUCACAGGGCUUUUUACAAUUUGUCCAGGAACAACCAGUUAAAAAAAAUCCAGGGGACUCAAAGUCCAGCACUUCAGUACUGAAUAUCCACUGCAAAGUGACAACCCUAAUAAUGAAUACAAUAAUUUUACAUUACUGAUCAUAGUGCAGUUUAUGCACAUCUAGACACAGAUAAUAGGAUGCUAAUGGCAUCAACGUUUCAGCAGGACCACAGCUGUUUGGGAACUAAAUGUAUCAGAUGCAGUGUGUACAGUUUUUUUUUUUUAACCACACACAAGUCAAAUGGAGAAUAAAAUGAUUAACAGGUUCUUAGAGAACACAAUUAUGGCUCAAGUCCAAAACAAGACAAGUAGCUGCAUUUAUGUUCCAUAUAUAUAAAAUUACUUGGCCACAUCACCAUUAGGAAACAUUUCCUCAAAGUUUGUCCACAUCCUCACAUGAUGCUUCUCCACCAGAUUUAAUGCAAGGAGGAUUUCAGACUGCAGAGUGUAACAUUUUGAUCGCGUACAAAGGUGUGUAUUGAUGUCGAAGAGAUGCCGCUCUGCUGAGGCCUUCAGCUGAGAAAAUCCCCACAAAUGGUCCGGG